AUGACGUCGGAGGAUGUGAAGACCAGCGAAUCGGCGGUGUCGAAGUUUGUGAACCUCGCCGAGGAGGCGAAGCUUGCGAAAGAAGAGAUCAAGCCUACUAAAUAUCAGGUCUACAAUGUCGGCAAGUCUCUCAUCGCUGGUGGCGUAGCUGGAGGCGUGUCACGAACUGCUGUGGCUCCGUUGGAACGUUUAAAAAUAUUGCUACAGGUCCAAAAUCCACAUAACAUAAAAUACAAUGGUACUGUUCAAGGCUUAAAGUAUAUUUGGAGAACUGAGGGCUUUAGAGGCUUAUUCAAAGGCAAUGGCACCAAUUGUGCUCGAAUUGUCCCAAAUUCAGCGGUCAAGUUCUUCAGCUAUGAGCAAGCCUCCAAGGGUAUAUUGUAUCUGUACCAGCAGCAAUCUGGCAAUGAUGAUGCACAGCUGACUCCUUUAUUACGUUUGGGCGCUGGAGCUUGUGCUGGAAUAAUUGCCAUGUCUGCAACCUACCCGAUGGAUAUGGUUCGGGGCCGAUUAACCGUUCAGACGGAGAACUCCCCUUAUCAAUACAGAGGAAUUUCUCAUGCUUUAUCAACUGUGCUUCGUCAGGAAGGUUUCCGUGGUCUGUAUAAGGGUUGGCUUCCUUCUGUCAUUGGAGUCGUUCCAUAUGUGGGCCUCAAUUUUGCAGUGUAUGAAUCUCUAAAAGAUUGGUUGAUUAAAUCUAAACCCUUUGGGCUCGUUGACGAUAAUGAUUUGGGCAUUGUAACGAGGCUAGCAUGUGGGGCAGCAGCCGGUACUGUCGGGCAAACUGUAGCCUACCCCCUUGAUGUCAUUCGCAGAAGAAUGCAGAUGGUGGGAUGGGCUAAUGCUUCUUCAAUUGUUGCUGGCGAUGGGAGAAACAGGGCCCCCCUUGAAUAUACUGGCAUGAUCGAUGCUUUCAGGAAAACUGUUAGGCAUGAGGGCUUCAGAGCACUGUACAAGGGUUUGGUCCCCAAUUCUGUGAAGGUUGUCCCGUCAAUAGCUAUUGCUUUUGUGACAUAUGAGCAAGUGAAGGACAUCAUGGGGAGUCCACCACCUAGGGCAAAAGAGGCCAAAUGUUUCAAAUCUGCAAGAGGUCAAUGUACUAGGGCUUAUGCCCAAAUGGCUUUCCCUACCACAUUUCGUGCCUACGGCAUUUUCGCCAGACGCCCCAUCUUCACGGUGGAAUCAAUUUCAUCGGGAACUGGUAGGAUUGGGACCAUUAUCACUUUUAUCAUCGCUGACAUGAUAGAUGCCCCUCUUAGAGCUGCUCCGCCCGAGGCCCUGCUUUCAAAAUGGGCUUUGCCUUGA